GAGGGAACUGUUAGUUAACUCAGUAAUGUUUCACAUGCGAAGUGGGUCGAGCGUUUGUCUCCGCGCGUCGUGAAUUCAAGGUGAUUUACUCUGUGAUCAGUUCAUCGAUCGAUAGUGCUGUUCUGUGUCGAUAAAUGACGUGAUUGAUGUGUACAGAGUUGACGCAUCGCCAUGCCCGGGACAAAAGUUAAUGAAGAUUUGGUGAGGGAGCGAAAGAAAUGUACCUUCGAUGUUCAGGAGCUGAUACACUUCAUCGAUGGGGGGGAACAGGGGACCAAGGACAGGAAGGAAGUUGAAAACAUGGUGCUGAGCGUAAAAGAGCUCAAAGACGACGUACCAGAGGAGUACCUGAGCCACAAGGAACGCUAUGAGAACGCGGUGCGCAAGACCUGCAUCAUGGUGGAUCUGCUGAAGGAGCAUGCGAUGCGACAUUCCUCCUUCGAUGCAUACAAACCAUCAAAUAUGUACCGCGUCCAGUGCGCUAUAGUGAAGGACGUGUCUCCGUUCCUGCUGCAUAUGGGUAUGUUCGUGCCCACUAUCCUGGGGCAGGCUUCGGACGAGCAGCUCUCAGAGUGGCUGCCGAAGGCGCUGUCGAUGCAGAUCUUGGGAACUUACGCACAGACUGAACUUGGCCAUGGCACAUUCCUCAGAGGUUUGGAGACUACCGCCACCUAUGACCCCAGCACAGAGGAGUUUGUCUUGGAUACUCCCACCAUUACCGGCUACAAGUGGUGGCCUGGUGGAUUGGCCCACACUGCUAACCACUGCAUAGUGGUCGCCCAGCUGUUCACGCAAGGGAAAUGCUACGGGGUGCACCCCUUCUUCGUCCAGAUCAGGGAUCAGGAAACCCAUAUGCCUUUGCCUGGAGUAAAGGUUGGAGAGAUUGGACCCAAGUUGGGAUUCUCAACUGCUAACAAUGGUUUCUUGGGCUUUGAGAAGGUUAGGAUACCCAGAGAGAGCAUGCUGAUGAAGAACGCUCAAGUUUUGAAGGAUGGCACAUACAUGAAAUCGAAGAAUGACAAGCUGGCGUACGGAACCAUGGUACUGAUCCGGGUGAUGAUAGUCACGGAUGCAGCGUAUGAGAUCUCCAGAGCGGCAACCAUCGCCGUCCGAUAUUCGGCCGUGCGACACCAGUCUAAACCUAAACCUGACAAACCCGAGCCUCAGGUCAUAGACUACGUGACACAGCAGCACAAGCUCUUCAUCUCAAUCGCCACUAGCCAUGCCUUCAGAAUGACUGGAACGUGGCUUUGGGACAGUUACUCCAAGGUUGUUCACGACAUGAACAAAGGAAACCUGGAUCAACUGCCAGAGCUCCACGCCUUAGCGUGCUGCCUCAAGGCCGUUUGCAGUCGCGAUGCAGGCAUCUGCGUGGAGCAGCUCAGGAUGGCGUGUGGCGGUCACGGCUACAUGCAGUCCUCCAACCUGCCCUGCAUCUACGGGCUGGUCACAGCCACAGUCACUUAUGAGGGAGAGUACACUGUCAUGCAGCUGCAAACUGCUAGAUAUUUGAUAAAAGCAUGGAAGCAAGCGGUGGAGGGCCAGGGGGGGCUGACGCCGACGGUAGCGUACAUGCUCCCAUUCUUUAAAAACAAGACGCCCAAGUGGAAGAACAAUGCUGACGGAAUUAUCGCUGGUUUCCAAGCGGUCGCUGCUGGUAAGGUGAAGGCAGCGUACGAGGCCAUUCAGAGGUACGAGAAGUCGGGCAGCGAUUACGAAGAUGCCUGGAACUUGGCAUCCGUGCAGCUUGUCAACGCUAGUGAGGCUCACUGUCGCGCGAUCAUUUGCGAAGUGUUCUGGAAGGAAGUCCAGCGUUUCGCGCCCACACUGUCGACCAAUUUGGCUGCGGUGCUGCAGCAGCUGGCUGAGUUAUACCUGGUGUACUGGACGUUGGAGAAGUCUGGAGAUCUUCUAGUGUAUUCUUCAAUAUCCAAGAACGAUCUGGCAAUAAUGCAGCAGAGGUACGAGCAGCUACUGGGACUAAUCAGACCCAAUGCUGUGAGUCUGGUGGAUGCAUUCGAUAUCAGGGAUGAGAUUUUGAAUUCAACAUUGGGUGCGUACGACGGUAACGUGUACGAGCGGCUGAUGGCCGAGGCUCUGAAGAGCCCGCUCAACGCGAAACCUGUCGACGACAGCUUCCACAAGUACCUCAAGCCCUUCAUGGCCAAAGCCAAACUGUGAUUUAUAUUCUAGAUAGGAGAAUUGGUUAAUGGAUAUUAUUAUAAUUGUAAAUAAAUUAUAUUUUUUACUUGUU